AUUCAGUCAGUAUGGAACUUCCUCUUGUGCUCUUGCUGAUUUCAAACAUCCACUCUGGACACACUGAAGAUAGAGCCCAGGCAGUUUUAAGUGUUUCUCCACAGAAGUGGUUGACUGAAGGAGAUCCAGUGACUCUGAUCUGUGAGGUUUACGGCUCCUCUACAGGCUGGACAUUCAGCUGGUUCUCUGUAAAUGCUUCAUCAGACAUAAGCAGUCGUUAUAAGCUGCUCUCAGACAGCAGCAGAGGAGCUGGAGGAAACUACACUGUCAGUUCUGUUGCUCUAAAUCACACAGGAGUUUAUGUGUGCAGAGCAGAGAGAGGAAAACCAGUCUAUAAAACAACCUACAGCAAAACACAGCCAGUAUGGGUCACUGGUGUUUCUCCUCCAGUCUCUCUGAUCAUCAGUCCCAGCAGAACUCAACACUUCCCAUCUGUCUCUCUCUCUCUGAGCUGUAAAGGCCAGAGUAACUCUGAUAGAUGGAGAGUGAGAAGAUACACAGGGAGUUGGCGGCUGCAAGAUUGUUCAUCAUUACGCCGGGCAUCACAAACAGGAUCUACAUGUACAAUCAACUCCACCAUCACAUCAGACACAGGAGUGUACUGGUGUCAGUCUGAAUCUGGAGAGAACUAUCAUCCUAUUAAUAUCACUGUACACUUUGGUGUGAUUCUGGAGAGUCCUGUUCAUCCUGUGACAGAAGGAGAUACUCUGACUCUACGCUGUUUAUAUCAACAUUCAACCCCACUAAACCUCAGAGCUGAUUUCUAUAAAGAUGGAUCACUCAUCCAGAAUCAAACUACAGAGAUGAUCAUCUCUACUGUCUCAAAGUCACAUGAGGGUUUCUACUACUGCAAACACCCAGAGAGAGGAGAGUCACCCAAGAGCUGGAUCUCAGUCAGAGCCUCAAGGUCUGAUGGUCUCAAUCCUGUGAUAAUUGGAGUGACUGCAGGACUGAUCGUAACGUUUUUGAUCAUUGUCGUCUUGGUCCUGCUGUGGCACUACAGAAACAACAAAGGUGUAAGAUCUCAGUCUCGCUCUAGUGUCAGUCAACAGCAGAACAGCAGUCAGACAUCAGAGCAGAACCAGAGUGACGCGGGAAACAACACACUGCUGUCUGGAACUGCUCAUAUUUAUGACUCUAUUGAUGCAACCAUUAAUAAAGACAUAAACACAGACCGUGAAAGUGGGCCUACUGAACUCACCUAUGCUGAGAUUGAACACAAAUCUACUAAGAAACAGAAGAAAAAGAAAGAAAACAAAGGGAACAACACUGAGAGUUGUGUCUGUGUUUACUCUAAACUGAAGUUGGAAAUGGAUCAAGGUGCUGGAUCUAAUGAUGUGACGUAUGCUCAGAUUAAAUAAAUGCCUGGAGGAGAAACUUUCAAUCCAAAGACGC